UAUAACGAUGUCAACGAAACGUUGCACAUGGCGCAGCAAUAGCAGGCAACAAACAACAGUGACAGCUGCUCCAUGUGCUGGCGUCUGGCGGCAAGUCGUGCAUUGCUGAAGUCUCUUCGCCACUCCUCUACACACAAGCGUGUGUGUGUGCACAAACAGUUGUCUUUUGACGACACAGUGCUUUGGUAUUUUUACGCAUAAUCGCAUGGCACGGCAUUCGUGGCGGUGCGACAAAAUUCAUAACAUUUCGCGUUCAGCGCGCGCCUGCCCAACGCGUGGCGACUCGUUCGCUUUCACGCGUUCCACUAUUAUUGCGGUGACAAUAGUGUGGUAAACACAAGUAAAAACAAAAGCAAAGAACACAACAAGCGCUGAAAACAAAAGCAGAUCGUAAACUUAUUUAGUUGCGGUCGGCGCGCUUUGCCGCACACAACAUAGUACGCGUUCGCAUUUUGCAUUGUACGGACCUAAGGCGGACGCUCCGCAAAAUUGUUUUAACCACAAUAUACCCACAACACUAAUAACUUGAACAUACGCAAGGUCGUUAGCAAAAACUAUUCUCGUGCGCGCGUGUGUGUGUGUGCCAAUAAGCCUAAUAAUUAAUAACAUUCCAUAGUGAAGUGAGUGCGCGUUUGCCGCAUUAUGUCCACUCCCGAAGAGCUGGCGCGCCUUGUCGCCAUACACCUGCGUGAUUUGCAGGAAAGUGAACCGAAUUGGACCGUCGCGCAUUCCGAUGUCGCGGGACGCGGUGUUUUCGCAACGCGCGACAUCGCCGCUGGUGAAUUACUAUUCCGCGAAUGUCCACUUGUGGUCGGUCCCACGGCGCGCAAGGGCUCCAUACUCAACACCUGCGUUUGCUGCCACAAGUUGCUCGCCGUCAAGGACUUUCUCUGCAAACACAAAUGUACGCUGCCCGUGUGUGAUGCGUGCGCCGAUUCCGCGCUACAUCGUGAAGAGUGCGCGCUCUUCCAGCGCUGGCAGCCCGUGGAAUUGAGUAAAUUAGCGGAAAUGUGUACAGAUAAGAGCGCCGGACCGCCGCUGGUGAAUCCCUAUUCGUUACGCAUACUUACGGCGGUGCGCGUAUUCUUUCUCAAUCCAGAGCAGCGCGCGCUCGUCGACGCCAUGCAAGCGAAUGCGGAUCGCGGCUAUCGGCAGGAGAUCAUCAAAGCGGCGCAGAGUUUUCGCAAAUUUCCCACAACAGAUAAAUCAUUUAUGGACAAUCUGUUUCGCAUUGUUGGCGUAUUGAAUACGAACGCUUUUGAGGCGCCAUGUCGCAUUGGCGAACACGAGACGCUCGUGCGUGGCCUCUUCCCGCUAACGGCGAUCAUGAAUCACGAGUGUACGCCCAAUGCGAGUCAUUACUUCGAUAAUGGUCAAUUAGCGGUGGUGCGCGCGGCGCGUCAUAUACCCAAGGGCGCAGAGAUAACCACCACGUAUACGAAGAUUCUCUGGAGUAAUCCGACGCGUGGCAUUUUUCUCAAAAUGACUAAACAUUUUGUAUGUGAGUGUACGCGCUGCAACGACAAUACGGAGAACGGCACCUACUUGUCUGCGCUCUUCUGUCGCGAACAAGGCUGCAAAGGCAUCGUUAUACCGGAACACACGAAAACCUUGCAACCGGACUGGCGUUGCGUCACAUGCGAUACCGUUGCGCCACACGCAAAGAUGUCACGCUACCAGGACUUUGCCUUGAACACGAUCAACAAUCGCAUCAACACGAGCACCGUGCACGAUCUGAUCACUUUCAUAAACGAUAUGUGUCCGCGCUUUUGCCCGCCCUCCAAUUAUGUGCUCGUCGAGGCGAAGUUGAAUGUGAUUUGGCGCAUGCAACGCUUCAAGGGCGACUUCACCGAGGAAGAGGUGCGACAUCGCGAUCGCUAUCGGGAGGAGAUUUUGGAGAUAUUGGAGAAACUGGGCGCCGGCGAUUGUACACUGAAGAAGCUAAUUACCAAUGAGAUACCGUAGGCGGUGCGUGGGUGUGCAGAGACAGCGGAGGCAAUCAAAGGAGUUUUUGUAUUUAUUGUGUUGUUAGUGUGUGCAUUUGUAUGUUAAUUAUUACUCCAGUUGUCCAUUGUUGUUGUACUGUUUGAGAAUUAUUGCAAUUUGUUAGCGUUUAUCUCGAAUAACUUUUCCAAUUCCUUUUAUUGUCGCUUUAUUCUACGUAAUUAACGCACUGCAAACCUUUUCGCUUGGCCGAAUGCGUGCUCGUUCCGACUUGUCAGCGGAAAAUCGUGCAAUUAUUUACGCGUCAAUUUAUUUAUUACUAAAUAGUUGUAUCCUCAAAUUUAUAAAUCUCUAGAAUUAAUGUUUACUACUGAGUCUGAAAUAAAUAGUGAAUGACUAAGAGAAUUAUUUAAAUAAACACAAAUAAAGAGUCGCUGAAAUGCAAAAAAAAAAAUUAAAUAAAUAAAAAAUGUGUGUAAAUGCUUCAUUUCCGUCGUUGAGUGCAUAAAUUAAA